UUAUUUUCAGACGACACUGCAACUGGUGCCCAAGUGACUUCCGUUGGAGUGUUUCCAAAACUUUGAAUCGACUUUUUAAAUACAGCAAGAUGGACUGGCAGGAACACAGAACUCAGUUAUAGUAUGUUGUGUAUAGACAACAAAUUACGACCAUUUUGAAGCCAACAGCGAAAAUGCCAUAGCUGCUAUGCAUCUCAACAACACCUUCGUCGGGGGCGUCCUGAUCCUGAAGACCUUCACCGGGGAGUCAGUGGAAGUGAUCGACGAGCCGAAAUCGAAUCGGACCACCGAUAUCAUCGACGUCAAAUACGUUCAGAUCGCCUUCUGCUUCCUCUACACCAUCAUCUUCGUGCUCGGAGUCUUCGGAAAUGUCCUCGUGUGCUUCGUGGUGUUCCGCAACAGGGCCAUGCAGACCGUGACCAAUUUGUUCAUAACGAACCUCGCGUUAUCCGACAUCCUGCUAUGCGUGUUCGCCGUCCCGCUCACUCCCAUGUACACGUUCCUCGGACGAUGGGUCUUCGGCCGGCUGCUCUGUCACCUGAUGCCGUACGCGCAAGGCACGAGCGUCUACAUAUCGACGCUCACCCUGACCUCGAUUGCCAUAGAUAGAUUCUUCGUCAUCAUCUACCCGUUCCACCCGAGGAUGAAGCUGAACACGUGCAUCCUGAUCAUAAUCUUCAUUUGGGUGUUCUCGCUGGUGGUGACGUGCCCCUACGGCUUGUUCAUGGGCAUUCAGAUAACGAACAACAAGACGUACUGCGAGGAGAGCUGGCCCUCCGACAAGUCGAGGAAGAUCUUCGGCGUGUGCACGACCGUGCUACAAUUCCUAAUCCCAUUCCUCGUAAUAGCCGUCUGCUACACGUGCGUCAGCAUAAGAUUGAACGACCGAGCGCGCACGAAGCCCGGCGCCAAGAACUCCAGGAGGGAGGAAGCGGACCGAGAUAGAAAAAAGAGAACCAACAGAAUGCUGAUAUCGAUGGUGGCCAUUUUCGGUAUAUCCUGGCUGCCGCUGAACCUCAUAAACAUAUUCAACGACUUCUACGCGCAGAUGACGGAGUGGAACUAUUACUACGUGUCCUUCUUCCUCGCGCACUCGAUGGCGAUGGCGUCGACGUGCUACAACCCGUUCCUCUACGCGUGGCUCAACGACAACUUCAGGAAGGAGUUCAAGCAGGUGCUGCCUUUUUUCGAGUCGACCGGCGGCGUCCGGAACGGGUACAACUCCGGCCGGAUGCCGACGAACAAGGCCGACAAGGCAUGCAACGGGAACGAGACGAUCCAGGAGACGCUGCUGGCCUCCUCGUUCAACCGAGGGCCGUCAAUAAAGCAGCGAGUGCUGGAGAGCAGUGGCCGGAAGGACACCGUCGAAGUUGAGAACAUUCUAUUGGAGGACAAAACGCUCGCGACUUUUCGCACUAAAAACGACAACGUCAAUUUACAACUGAUAGACGAGGAGUCGCAGUUUAACGACGCCAACGAAAUAAAACCGUCUAUAUAAUUAUUCAACCAAAGGACGUCUAGGGAACUAGCUGUAC